AUGAAGUAAGUUUGCACCGGGAAGGACAAAUCCAGCAUCUCCUUUCUGUUUCCAGAAAAAAUACGCGUUCAUCGAAGAAAAAGGAGGAGAAGUCGCGAGUGGGUUCGAAGAAGGUGCAAAAGAAGGCAUCAAAGACGCAAGGAUCGAUCAAGAAGACCAAAAAGAAAUCAUCGGCGGCCAACAAUACCAAGAGUCAGAUGUCCAACAAAACAUCCAACACAUCCAUCGAGCACACCAAACAAGAAACAUCGGUGAUGAACAACAAUACGGUUGGAUCCAACAAAGGAAAGGGGAGCAAGAAGGGAAAAUGGGCUGGAGAAGAGGCGGCGAAGAUUUGGACGCGAGGGCUGGAGACGGCCAAUUUGACAGCGGAAUAUGAGGAGAUUCGCAAAAUUGUGACUCCGUUUGAUCAGAGUAAAAUAUGGCAAGCGAAUGCCACACGAAACCGCCCAUAUCCGGAUUAUCGAUGUCUAGAUGGUAAUCGAAUUGUUGUUCAUUUGGGCAAAUCGGAUUAUAUCAACGCGUCGCGGGUUACUGUGCCGAAUGUGAGUUUGGAUAACACAAUUGACUAAAAAUGCACCAAUUCGUGUUUUGGUCAAAAAAUGACCAAAUAUUGGUCAGGCUCCCCGCAAUUGUGUCACAAGGAAACUGUUUUCUAUUGCAAAGUCUAAAAUUUCAAAUCUCAACUUCUAACAUGAGCUAUGACGUGGCAAAGUUGGAGGAGGGUCAGAAUUCGUAUUCAAAAGGACUUUCAUGAAAAUCUGAAGUCAAACUUUGCCACGUCAUAACUAAUGAUAAGCCGAGGUAAUCGACUAAACGUCGCUAAAUCACUUAUGAGUAACCUAAAGUCAUCAAAAUUUGUAUCAUUCUGUUCGUCUUAGACCAUUCUAUCAUAUGAAUAAAAUUAGAACCCAAUAUUUCAACUCAUUUGCUUAAAAAACAUGAAAAUGUCAUUUAGUCGAUGUCCAACUAUAGACCGGGUCGAAAACUACUAGAAAACCUUCAUUUCCUUCAAAAUCUAGAAACAGAACCGAAUAUUUUCAGUUCGAUCGCACUGCCCUUCUUGUCCAAAUGCCGUUAGUCGACCAAAUUGAUUGUGUUGAAAAUUUCUGGCGUAUGGUGUUCAAUGAACAGUGCUCACAAGUUCAUCUGAUUGCACAGCCAAAAGAGAUUGAAGGUGGCGGUUUCACCAAAUUGUUUUCGCAAGAAGCCAAUGGAUAUUUCUACGCCAAUGACUUUUUUGUCAACACACGGAAAGCGGACAAAAAUGGGGAGGAAAAAAUGGACACGUAUGUCAUUGAAUUAUUGCCACAGGGUUGCUCAAAUUCGGUGAUUUGCACUGUCUAUGUGCAUGCUUAUUGGAAAGCACAGGGAGGACCUGAGAAGUUUUAUGCGCCGAUUAAAGCGGCGACUGCGAUGGCGAAAACUGAUGUGGACAAAAGUGUAAGAUUUUUUCACAUUUGGAAAUUUGUGAGAAGAAGAAAAAUUGUUGCAGGCAAUAGCGAUUGUCAGUUUUCGCGGAUCUGGCCGCAACUCUUCUCUUCUCACCACCGCCGUUGUUGUCUCGCAAUUCUUGAAAGGCAUCACUCCAAACAUCAAGGAUAUUGUGCGAACAAUUCGCGAACAACGCCCAAUGGCUGUCGACAGCCGCACCCAAUACAAUUCAAUCUAUUUGGCUUCGUGUUGGUUGGUCAAGGCGAAAUCGAGUGGGCAGAACGAGGAGAUGAAGAAUGGGUUGAAGAAAUUCCGCGAGAAGUUUGAGGGUGCUUCGCAAAUGUCGCAAAUUACCAAAUGA